AACAGAUCCAUUAUUUUCAGUACCACAUUCCAGUCUAGCCUAACAUCAUGCAUUGGCGAACCACCAACAGAAAUUUGACUUUUGUCAGGCGUAUUGAAAAAGACUACAAGCAGUCAUCGCGUUAGACAUCAGGUAGUUUCAACUUCCUAUACCGCGUCAUGGAAAUGUGGUAAUGGUGGGGGAAGGUUUAUAAUAAUUGGGUGAGUUACUGAAAAUCACCAAAUGUCAAAAACAGCCACUGGAGCGUAAAACAGUCUUUUAAAACGGUUGUCCAUGUGAAAUCUGAGAAAUGAAAAACCUACGACACCUGCUGCUUCUUCUCAUACAGGUGACCAGUACUCCGAGCCAGCAAGCCCAAAUUAGGUGUGACGAUGUUCAAAGUCACUGUAGGCAAAGCAACCUCAGCUGGACAAGCUGUUAUGAGGAAAACAUAGCUAUGUGCAAAAGAGGGCCAGCAUCAAGGAGGAAUAUUGAAGACGUGGAUGUAAAGGAUUUCUACCACAAUGAUGUAGAUAACAUGGUUGAUUUUGAGCAUGAGAGUGCGGUGGGGUAUGCUCUCUACCUCCCCUCAGAGGCUCUGUCUAGGAGCAGCGGGGCACGCUUUUCCCAUGAGGUCACCGUGGCUCUGACACUGUUCAACAGCAGCCUUUUCAAUGCUCAGGUUGGUAAAAAUGAGACCAUUCUUGGAGGCAGAGUGCUGGGUGUGAAGGUGGGAAGACGGGCCGUGAGGGACCUCAACUCGCCAGUGAGGAUCUCCUUCAUACACACCAAUGAGACCAGAGGACGCUGUGUGUACUUGGAGGAGCUGGAAAAUGGCACAGGUCAGUGGAGCACCGAAGGAUGCAAUGUCUCCAGGACCAGCAAGAUGUUUGUCUGUAGCUGCAAUCACUUGAGUUUCUUUGCUGUGCUGGUUAACCCAGAGGCCCUGACAUCCGUAGACCCUGUCAACCUCGUCUCCCUCUCCUACAUCAACUACAUUGGCUGUGGCCUCUCUGUAUUUUUUACAGCCAUUACCCUACUUAUGCACUUAUGUUUGAGAAACUUCAGGAAGGGGCGGUCCGACCAGUCGAUGACCGUGCACUUAAACCUGACGGCGGCGCUCUUCUGCCUGCACCUGUUCUUCCUGCUGAGCGUGGCGUGGCCGUUACUGGGCCGGGACCCGGAUAGGGGUGUGGGCCUGGUGGUCUGCCAGGCCCUGGGGCUGCUCCUGCACUACUCCCUCCUGGCCACCUUCACCUGGAUGGCCCUCGAGGGUUUCCACCUGUACCUGCUGCUGGUCCGCGUCUUCAACAUCUAUGUCAGGAGAUACCUGCUCAAGCUGGCUCUGGUGGGCUGGGGUGUUCCCAUGGUGACAGUGAUUGCCUGUGCAGCCACAGCAAACUAUGGCAAGUUCUGCCUUCAGAGGAAGAGGGAGGGCGUAUUGCACACAGGAACAGAAAUAUGUUGGAUAACAAAACCAUAUGUGAGCUACAUCACAGUCACCGGUUACCUGGGGCUGGUCUUCCUCUUCGGUGCAGUCAUGCUGUGCGUAAUGGUGGCCAAGCUCCGGAAAGUGAGGACCAGGAGUGCCUGUCAUCAGGAAUAUAAGAGGAGGCUGGGGAGGGACUGCUUGACCAUCCUGGGGAUGGGCUGUGUUCUGGGGGUCCCCUGGGGCCUGGCCUUCCUCACCUACGGGCCUCUGUCUCUUCCUGGCCUCUACCUCUUCACCAUAGUCAACGGAUUCCAAGGUGUCUUCAUUUUCUUCUGGUUUCUGGCCCUCACCUGGCAGCCAAAUAAGGACGAGGGUUCUGCAGGAAAGGACCCAUCGACACAAAAGAUGGAGACCAGCUUCAAUAACUGAUCAGCUCCUCCUUGGAUUUCAUUGUCAUAAUACACAGAUGAACUUAAUUGGUAACUUCUUGUGCCUUAACCCAACUUUUUGUGUCUUAUCCCAACGUUCUUAAAUCCUUCUGGAAUCCACUUCCCAUUUCAUUUCAUUUCAGUUUCUAAACUGAGACUUUUCCAAAUAAACGAUCAUUAAUCUUUGAUCAGGGCGUGGCACGGUGGUACAGUGGAUAGCACUGUUGACUCGCAGUAAAAAGGUCCAAAUUCUGGACUGUGGAGUUUGCAUGUUCGCUGCUUGUUUUAAGUUCCCCAGGUACCCCGGUUUCCUCCCACUGCCCAAAGACAUGCAGGUUAGGUGAAUUGGAGAGUCUAAAUCUAUCCUAGGUAUGAGUGUGUGUGUCCAGAGUGUAUUCCUGCCUCUCCCCCAAUGCAUACCGAGAUUGGCUUCAGCACCCCCACCUGACCAGGAAUAAGUGUGUUAAAUAAUGGAUGGAUAGAUAAUGGAUCCAUGGGAUCGAUAAUUCCCAGGAAUAAGCAAGUUAGAUAAUGGAUGGAUGCAUAAACUUGGACUGACUUUCAGGUCAGAAGUCUAGGUACAGAUCCAAAAACAAAUGCCUUAGUCUCCUCAUGCUCAGCUAUAAUUUCCCCUCUUAAUAGCUCUUCCUUGCAAACCAUCCAUCUUUAUGAGGUAAAUCUUCUCUGAUUGUCUGUGUACCUCUCAUUAGUAAGAGUGUCUUCAUCUUCUAACAGUUCUAAACUUCUAAAAGAAUUGAAGGAAAGCUUUGUUGAGUGUGCAUCCUGCACUUGGUUAGUAAUUGCCUUAAUGCACUAUGUAAAAAAAAAAUACUUGUACUACAUACUAAUAAAAUAUUUUUGUAUGACAUAGUGGAUUUA